ACCUGUAAGUUGUAACAUUACUUUUAGCAGCGACGUCUUGGCAAAAAAAGCAUUGCACAAAAACAAACUAAUCCCAAGCCCAGGAAGAUGUGCUCGUUGUCCGAUCACUAUCUCUCUCCACCGACACCUACCUCCGUUCUCUCUGUCAAUUCUCCAUAGAACUCUCUCACUCCUCUCUCGUCCACCCUUUAUUUCCCUCAGAUCUCUACAAUUUCCGUCAGAUCUCAGUAGUUUUCUCAAGAAAAUCGCAAUUCACUUUCCGGGAAAAAAAAAUGUCACACGGCGACACCGUACCGCUCCACCCCUCUUCCCAAUCCGAUAUCGACGAGAUCGAGAACCUCAUCAAUGCCAGCGUCCAAGCGGGCCCCGCCACUGUCCUACCCGCGCGUCCUCCCAGCCCUCCUAGAGCCUCAAUCCCGGUCUCGCCAUCACCGUUCAUGUCCUCCAAUCUGCCUCCACUGCCAACCAAGCCGGCAGCUGUCCCUGCCCCACCGCCGCUGCCGAGCUCCACCGGCGGUCAAUCCAAUUCUCGGCAGAACAAUGGUCCCACCGGGUUCGGGUCGCCCCCGAACACGCUGACGGAGCCGGUGUGGGACACGGUGAAGAGGGAUCUGUCCAGGAUUGUCAGCAACUUGAAGCUUGUGGUGUUUCCGAACCCGUAUCGUGAUGACCCGGGGAAAGCGUUGAGGGAUUGGGAUCUUUGGGGGCCAUUCUUCUUCAUUGUGUUCCUCGGUCUCACCUUGUCAUGGUCAGCUUCCGUCAAGAAGUCUGAAGUCUUUGCUGUUGCAUUUGCACUGCUGGCAGCUGGUGCUGUGAUUCUGACAUUGAAUGUACUACUACUGGGCGGUCACAUAAUCUUCUUCCAAAGUCUCAGUCUCCUGGGUUACUGUCUAUUCCCUCUGGAUGUUGGUGCCCUAAUUUGCAUGUUAAAGGACAAUGUGAUAGUGAAGCUGGUUGUGGUGUGUGUGACAUUGGCUUGGAGCUCCUGGGCUGCAUAUCCAUUCAUGAGUACAGCUGUCAACCCAAGAAGAAAAGCCCUCGCACUCUACCCUGUGUUACUCAUGUAUGUCUCUGUUGGUUUUCUCAUCAUUGCCAUUGAUUAAGGCAUCAGCAGUGAUUAUUACAGAAAUUCUUAUAGGCUGAUCAAACUCGCAAGCCAUUAGUAUAGGCAAGUUUUGUGUGGUGGUCGUUUUGGUUCUUGUGGGAUUUCCUUAAAUUUUUUCCCUGCUCUGGUUCUGAUUUAGUACAUGUGGAACUCGGUCUGCCAAUAUUCUAUGCUAGUUGUAUGAAAUUUUUACAUGAAACCCUAUCCAACAUUAAUGUUACUCAAAUCUGUCCCAAUUUUCUGGAGGGUUUUCGUAUGAAUAUUUUUACAUGAAA